AUGAUGUGCGAGGUGAUGCCCACCAUUUCUGAGGAUGGGCGAAGUGGAACCGGCGGAGACGAAGGGGGCAGCACGGGGAACCUGGAGUCCCUGAUGGUCAACAUGCUGACAGAGAGGGAGAGGCUCCUGGAGAACCUGAGGGAGACACAGGACUGCCUGGGCACGGCUCAGCUCCGCCUCCGCGAGCUCGGCCACGAAAAGGAGUCGCUCCAGAGGCAGCUGUCCAUCGCUCUGCCACAGGAGUUUGCUGUGUUGACUAAAGAGCUGAACGUUUGCCGGGAGCACCUUCUGGAGAGGGAGGAGGAGAUCUCGGAGCUCAAGGCGGAGAGAAACAACACACGUCUGCUGCUGGAGCACCUGGAGUGUCUGGUGUCUCGCCACGAGCGCAGUCUGAGGAUGACGGUGGUGAAAAGACAAGCCCAGUCGCCCGCGGGAGUCUCCAGCGAGGUGGAAGUCCUCAAGGCCCUCAAGUCUCUGUUUGAGCACCACAAGGCCCUAGAUGAGAAGGUGCGAGAGAGGCUCCGCGUGGCCCUUGAGAGGGUUUCCUUGUUAGAGGAUCAACUUGCAACGUCUUCUCAAGAGGUAAUCUCUUUAAAAGACCAAAUUAAAAGACGUCAACAAGGGGCGGACGGCGGGAAAGAUGUAAGGGAGGGCUUUCGACUACCCAACGGCCCCUCCUCUGGCGUGGAGGACAACGAUCUGGAGAGACAGAGAGAGGGAGAGAUAGAGCGACAGAGGUCGGAACUCUCCCAGCUGAGGGAGAGGCUGGCCCUCAUGUGCCGACAGGUUGGGGAAAUAGAGGAACAGCUUGCGGCCGCCAGGAGGGAGGUGACGAAGUCGGAGGAGGCCAAUCAGAAGCUCCAAAGGGAAGUGAAAGAGGCUCUUUGCCAAAGGGAGGACAUGGAGGAAAGGAUCACAACAUUAGAACGCAGGUACCUCAGUGCCCAGAGGGAGGCGACUUCUCUCCAUGAUAUCAAAGACAAGCUGGAGAAUGAACUGGCCAGCAAGGAGUCCCUGCACAGACAGAGUGAAGAGAAGAACAGACAGCUACAGGAGCGGCUUGAUGAAGCCAAGCAGAAGCUCCAGCAGACCCUGCAGAGGGCGGAGACGUUGCCUGAGAUCGAGGCCCAGCUCGCCCAAAGAGUAGCCGCUCUCAACAAGGCAGAGGAGCGCCACGGAAACUUUGAGGAGCGGCUACGGCAAAUGGAGGCUCAACUCGAAGAGAAGAACCAAGAACUACAGAGGGCUAGGCAGAGGGAGAAGAUGAACGACGAACACAACAAACGUCUCUCGGACACGGUGGACAAGCUUCUGUCUGAGUCCAACGAGAGACUGCAGCUCCACCUCAAAGAGAGGAUGGCCGCACUAGAGGAGAAGAACGCUCUUUCAGAGGAACUGUCCAAUAUGAAGAAAAUCCAAGAUGAUCUUAUCGCUAAUAAGGAGACGCUGCUUGCGGAGCUGGAGCGAAUCCAAGUGGAGCUGGAUCAGCUGAGAGGCCGGCCUGGCUCCUCUUAUUCCAGAUCUCUCCCAGGGAGCGCCUCAGAGCUGCGGUACCCCCAGGGCGGAGGCUCUCUCCCGGCCGGUUACAGCAACUCCAAUAGUGGGGUGGUGGUCAGGCGGUCGCACCGGGGCCGCUGGGGGCAGUCUAGAGACGACAAUAACAAGUAUGGAGACUGGGACAGCGGGAGUAUGCUGGGUCCUGGGUAUGACGGGGGUGUGGACGGAGGCUGCUCCGAUGACGAGGACGACAGAGAGACUCUGUUUGGAUCGGAGCUGCUCUCUCCCAGCGGACAGACAGAUGUACAGACCUUGGCCAUCAUGCUACAGGAACAACUGGAGGCCAUUAACAAGGAGAUCAAGCUGAUUCAGGAGGAGAAGGAGAGCACGGAGCUGAGGGCCGAGGAGAUCGAGAACCGGGUCAGCAGCGUGGCCCUCGACGGCCCUCUUCCGCCCUCCUCACUGGGAGGACGGGACAGCGUUGGGCGGGGCUACAUGACACCCUCCAUCACCUCCUCCACGUUGGCGUCUCCCUCACCGCCCAGUUCUGGACAUUCCACCCCCCGCCUGCCGCACUCCCCCGCCAGGGAGACGGACAGACAGGUACUUUGUCGAAAGUUGAGAUACAAGCUCUUUAAAUGAGGUCAAUCUGAGGAGCGCUAUGGUGAUGAAUGCCGAGCACUUGCCCUGAUUGACUCCAACCCUCCCUCUGUACCUCGCGCCCUACGAUUGGACCGAAUGACACACACUCACCCAGGGGCCGGCCUCGACGACCACCGUGAAUUCCGCAGUCUCUCUGCCGAUGGCGCCAUCACUGCUAGCCAGGAUUCCCUCCACAAAGCCAGCAAAAAGAAAAGCAUUAAGUCGUCAAUCGGCCGCCUCUUUGGCAAAAAGGAAAAGGGGAGGAUCGGGGCCCCUGGGCGCGAGUCUUCCUCACAGGCCUCCACUCCGUCUGAUGACCUGGGCUCUGCGGACCCUCUAGGCCUGGCCAAACUUGGGACUGGAACAGUGGAAAAAGACCGCCGUAGCAAAAAGAAGCACGACCUGUUAGAGGAGGCCUGUCGUCAGGGUCUGCCUUUCGCCUCGUGGGACGGCCCCACUGUCGUCACGUGGCUCGAGCUGUGGGUGGGGAUGCCCGCGUGGUACGUGGCAGCGUGCCGCGCCAACGUGAAGAGCGGCGCCAUCAUGGCCAACCUCUCGGACACGGAGAUCCAGAGGGAGAUUGGCAUCAGCAACCCGCUGCACAGGCUGAAACUCCGCCUGGCCAUCCAGGAGAUGGUCUCCCUCACCAGUCCGUCCGCACCUGCAAGCACUCGCUCUUCGACCAGUAAUAUAUGGAUGACACAUGCUGAGAUGGAGUCUCUCGCUGCUGCCACCAAACCAGAGCAGAAAGAGUUCAGCUGGGACCAGAUCCUGGCCUACGGAGACAUGAACCACGAGUGGGUGGGAAACGAGUGGCUGCCGAGCCUGGGUCUCCCCCAGUACCGCUCCUACUUCAUGGAGUCCCUGGUGGACGCCCGCAUGCUGGAUCAUCUCACCAAGAAGGAGCUGAGGGGUCAGCUGAAAAUGGUGGACAGUUUCCACAGGGUGAGUCUUCACUAUGGUAUCAUGUGCUUGAAGCGCCUGAACUAUGACAGGAAGGAGCUGGAGAGGAGGAGGGACGACAGCCAACAUCAGAAUCAAGAUGUGAUGGUGUGGUCCAAUGAGCGCGUGAUGUGCUGGGUGCAGUCGAUCGGGCUGAAGGAGUAUGCAGACAACCUGUUGGAAAGCGGCGUGCACGGGGCCCUCCUGGCGCUAGACGACACCUUCGACUACACCGACUUGGCCCUGCUCCUGCAGAUGCCCAAUCAGAACACACAGGCGAGGCAGCUCCUCGAGAAGGAGUACAACACUCUGAUCUCCAUGGGAACAGAGAGGAGGCCAGAUGAGGACGGCACAAAAACCUUUACACGGUCGCCAUCGUGGAGAAAGAUGUUCCGGGAGAAGGACCUCCGAGGAGUGACCUCCGACUCCUCAGAAACGUUACCUGCCAACUUCCGUGCCUCCGCCAUCUCCACUCCCUCUGUCACCCUGAGAAAAGUGCAGAGUGAAGGAGAUGUAAACUCUGGUCCAAGGGGGGAGUCGGCGUCCGUGAGAACAUAUUCCUGCUAA